AUGAAAAAAGAAGAGGAAGAAGAGGAAGAGGAAGCAUUUGAGCGAAAUUUGAAAUCUGCUAAUGAUAUUUCAAUUAACAAAAUCCUGGAUCCAACUACCAAAAAACGAAAUUCAAGCAAUACUCUUCAGAACCUCAUUUUUAUUUUGGUUAUUGACCCUAUCCGUCUAGGUCUUGGUUUUCUUGAUGUUCCAACAGCUCAAGAAAUCAUCGCGAAAAAUGUUCAUGAUGUUGGUCCAAAUGAAGUUGAACGUAUCAGAUCAUAUAAGCAAAAAGUCCGACCUCCGUGGGCAAGCGAUUUACAAUUAUCA